UCCCGCUCAAGAGGCAGCGGCGUUCACGCCCCACAACCACCACCGCCAUCCUCCUACCACCAUCAUCAUCAUCAACCAUCCUCCUCCCUCUUACCACCACCACCAUCAUCAACCAUCCUCCUGCCGGCACCGGUCACGUCACCAAAGCCGGGGGAGACACCGAGAAGGCGACACGGGGAAGAGAGAGAGACAGACACAGAGAGAGAGACACACACAGAGAGAGAGACACAGAGACAGACACACAGAGAGAGAGACACAGAGAGAGACACACACAGAGAGAGAGACACACAGAGACAGACACAGAGAGAGAGAGACAAAGGCGGACGUGCGGCGCCUGGUGGUACACGUAGGCGAAGGAAGACGUCGUAAGAGAGGAAUAUUACGCGGACACGGGAGCGGUGGGUCGUGGUGAGUGAGUGGUGUGGUGUGAGUGUGUGGCGGUGUUUGUAACAAGGAGACAGGCGCAGAUGCAUGCGUGAGAGAGGGACAAGCCUUGGGAAGAAGUGGUGGUGGUGGUGGGGGGGAGAGGAGAGAGAAACAAAGACGGAGGGGAAGGGCGUGGAGAGAGAGACCGGGGAGGGAGCUUGAGACACACGGAGACAGAGAGAGACACAGACAGAGAGGGACAGAGACACAGAGAGAGACACAGACAGAGAGAGGCACAGAGAGAGACACAGAGAGAGAGGCAGGCAGGAUUCGUGAGGCAACAUCGAGGCGGAUCUAGGACAGGAAGGAAGGAAGGCGAUCCACUGUACAGCCCGGGCGACAAGGCACACGGAGAGAGGGCGACUGUGACACAGACGCGGGGAGACGAACACGGGACACGAUGGCCACGGAGGGCGCCAUGCAGAUGCUGGAGGCCGCCACCGCCUCCCUAACGGUGCAGAGCACGGACGUACAAGGCCCCGGCCAUGGUAACGCUGCGCCCGACGGCCUGCCGACUCUGGCGGCACGCAGCGAGGGUGCCGCCCUUGAGGAGCGCUGGGGCAUCCCUCGGAGGGAGCUCUUCGUCCUCGCCCUGCGGUUUUACAAAGACAACGUGGGCGAGGGUUUCCCUGCGAGCGCCCAGGACCGCGCUCGGCUGCAGGCGGCGUGUGAACGAGCCGAGGCCGAGGAGGAGGUGCCCGGCUCCCAGGUCGAGUCGUCGGGGUCGCGGCCGGGGGACGCGGGCGACUCGGCCCCUUCGGAUGAUGCUCGCGCCCACUUCACGCAGCUGCUUAUCGCUCACUGCCCGCUCUUCGUGUCCUACAUGCUCGCCCAGCGGAGCGAAGGGCGCAGCCUAGGUGAGCUGCAUGGACAGGUGGAUGGAUUGGGCAAAUCUCAGAGUGAGGUAGCGAAGGUGUUGGGCCCUGAUGGAACCCUCAUGCCCCUGAAAAAAGAAAAACCCGCAAUGGUGCCACCCGUGCUAUGGACGAGCAGCGAACUGCGGCAGUUCAAGACGCGCGUGGCGCAGGAGCCGCACGGAGUGCUGCGCAUUGGGUGCGGCGAGGUGGGCACCGUGCGGGUCCCCACCCGCCCCGGGGCCUCGCACCUCUGCUGGGAGUUCGCCACGGACAGCUACGACCUGGCAUUCGGCCUCUACUUCGAGUGGAACGAGGAGCCGGGCUGCGACGUCACGGUGAGCGUGAGCGAGUCCAGCGACGAGGAGGACGAGGACGAUGACGAGGGCGUGCAGGGGAGCGGCGAGGGUGGAGCCGGCCCCUCCGCAGCCACAGCAGACGGCGGCGUGAGCGACGUGGAGCGGGGCAGCAGCCGCCCCUCGGAGCCGCCCCUCGACGAGGUGGAGCCCCUGUGCCGUCGCAACUGCCACGAGCUGGUGCAGUGUGGCACGCACUGCUACCCGGGCGUCGGCCUCUACCACCUCAAGUUCGACAACUCCUAUUCGCUGUGGCGCUCCAAAACCCUUUACUACCGCGUGUACUACAACUGAGUUAAGGCCACGCUGCUCUCGGGCGAUUAUUAGGGCAAUCGUUCAACCGGUUCUGGCAAACUUGUGGUAGUGCAGUGGCACAGAGUGAUGGAGUUCUAUCUGGCCAAUGAUUUUGUUGAAAAUUGUGACGGAACAAUGAUUGGUCCACAGACCACACCACAUUGGGUCGUUGCGUGACCUUUGAAUGAUGAUUGGUCUACUGAGUAAAAACCCCCCUUGGAUUUUGAUAUGACCUCUGUCUCGGAUCUGAUUGGAAAGUUGCUGUCACAUUUGAUCACUACGUGGAACAGAUUUGUCCACCUUUUAGGCAACAAAAUUUUUAAAAUAAGAAACGGAGCAACAAUGAUUGCUGAUGAUAAUUGCCGGCAACAAUUGUCCUACAUUUUCCCUAGUGUCUCGUGCCCUUCAGGAAUCGGGAUUGAAUGAGGUGGGAAUUCUGGACAGAGGUUUGGUGUAGGCAUGUAAUAAUUCACAUCCCCACUGCGAUUGGAUGAUUUGUUGUUAUUGAGGGUCACGAUUCGAUUCAAGAACUUAGGUGUCAUUAGUUUGCAGGAUUUACAGGUUUUACAUGAAACAAACACGUACGUGUUCACAUCAACAGUCAUAGAUUCCUAAACAUGUGAUUAAAAAAUCGUAAUUGUGAGCCUAAGAAUAGAUUUUGAUUUAUGAAUCAAUGCAUCUUUACAUCUUAAGUAACACUUCAAUCUGCUAUAUUCUUAUCCUUGCGAUACACGGCAUGAAACGGCACGUAUAAGAAUUGUAUGGUUACAGCCCUGCAAUCACUGUACGGUCCACUCGUUCCACCACACCGAGAGAAACGAACAGGGACCUCCAAUCGUGGAAGGGGACGAAUCGUUACAUGGAUUUUUCUAGUCAGGAAGGGGGCCUCGCCGCAGGGAGAGGCUAUAUGGGAGAGAGAGAGAAGCCCCACGCUGGGAGGGGUGGGGAGCUUAGGGGGAAGCAGUGAAUUUGACUGCAAACAGGAAGGUCCACUGCGGGGUUUGCGACGAGACGGACAAGGCCGCGAGUGAGGUGGCGGUCGGUCUGUUGCGAGCCUCUAGUGGGCGGGAUGAUUCGCUGUAGCCAUGGAAUCAAUGGAGGGGGAGCAGCCUUUCCUGCGAGUCGACCAGUCCAUCGGCUGUACAGAUAUUACUCGUUUUUAAAAGUCUCGAACGUGGGAUACUCCAUACGAUCAGAUCGCUUGCGUUUGUCAGCGACAAAAUGUGGCCAUUCGUGUGCUUGCACGCACGGAAAGGGAGCGCCUCCCCUUUCGCAAUUCCGAAAGUACUCACCGUUGAGGUAGUUGUGUAGUCCUUGCUAUGAUUAUUAUUUUGUAUUUACCAUUCCUAAAUUAACUGUGUACUAGUUUUACGAAAAGGCCCAUGUGUAGCACCGUUUGUUGGACUCGGCAUUUGCGACGACACGUUAUCCGAAGGGCGUUUGUUACGAAUUAACUUAUAUUGUUAAGACGAGUCUGUCAAUGUUGUGUGUUCAUAUGCUUUAGAAGGUGGGGCGGGGGGGGCAGAUGUGUUGAAGUGCAACAAGGGUUAGAUGAUAACGAAUCAGUGUAGGAUGGGCAGGGGGUCUAAGCUGGGGUUAGAGUUAGGCAGCGAACUGUGUUUACCCGUCUGGUUGGGAAGCGUUACACUUUGUACCGCACCUGCGUUUCUCAAGUUGUAGACCGAAGGUGUAUCCGCCAAGCAGCGGACAAUUGUCCGUGGCUCAACCUCACAAACUCUUGUAGCCAUUAUUAAGCCUCUUUGUAACAUGUUUUUGUGAUGAUAUUGCACAUACCUUUUGCCAUCGGGAGACCGAUACCCCCCCCCCCCCCAUUGUCCAAGAGCACUCAUUUAAAGGUCGGGUCGCCCGUGGGAAUGGAGUUACUGCUAACAGGGCCCACCUGCACAUGCUGUCACCAACCCAGAGCAAGCUCUCUCCGUGGACUAGCGGCAAAAUCAGAAAAUAUUUAGUGAGAAAUGAAGCCCUCCCUGGCUUGCCAUAAUUUCACGAUGGCCGAGUUGGUGGCAGCAUCGAUGAGGUGGAAUCAAUCGCCGCCUCCUAUGGCGAGCGGAAAUAUUUUUGCAGAGUAAGACGACAAAGUUGCGUUUUGUCGAGGUUUUCCCGUGGCUUGGACGCCGCCGCCGCCGCGAUUGGGUUGCACUGAGCAGAAGCCAGAAACGACCUCGGCUCAGGCAGGCCGAGGGCUCUGGAACUUACGAACACCAGUGCCAGGUUUAACAGAGAUUGUCGCUUUAUCGUGUUAGUUGCUUGUUUAAAAACAACGGACAUGCAAAUUAUACCUGCUCAUAAAGUACACGAAUAUAAUUGAAAGUUUCGCCAAAUAUGCUGCCAUUUUCGUAAAAAAAAGUUCAUCCCGUCCAGACACAAGGGAGGACAUUACAGGCCCCAAAUGGCCAACUUGUGACUCUGCUAAUUCGUAUUUAUUCCACCACGUGUGUGCACAAACACAUUUCGCAAAGUGAACUUGUACAUUUUGUGCUCCAUUCACCUCAAUGCUAUUGGCAAAUAAAAUUACUUUGCUAAAUGUAAAA